UUCCGCAUUAUGUUGAAGGUAUAAAUCAAAGGUGGUUUUCCUCGCAGUACCAUUUUUUUCAGUUGGAUUCAUAUCGAAGGAAUACGACGAUUACUCACUACAAAUCGUUUUCUAAUGGCGGAAGUUGAGGCAGGUGUUGAACUUGCCGAUAUUUCAAGCAAGCCAGAAGACAGGUCCUAUGCAGUUCACAAGAAACGUAAAAAACGCCUCCAUGGGUGCGGGGCUAUCACCACAGGACGAAGAAUCAAAGCAUUUCUUCUUCUUACUGCUUAUCAAGGAGCCUUCGAAAGAUUAGGGCAUUUCCUUGCACGCAGACCAUUGGCGGUUCUUCUGGUUUCGUUCAUUGUUUUGAUUGGAAGCUGCCUCGGAUUCAUUCGCCUGAAUGUUGAGCAGCCCACCAUUGAGCUUUUUACCUUCGCCAACAGCAAAUCCAGACAAGACUCGCAUGAUUCCGCACAAUUCUUUCCGAUUCUUGAGGCACGACAAGAACAAGUAAUUAUGAUACCCAGGAAUGGGGACAGCAUUCUAAGUGAAGAAUGUUUAAAAGACGCCAUUAUGGUUCACAGAGCCAUAGUAAAUAUCAGCGGUUACGUCAAUAUAUGUUUCAGGCAGCAAUCGCCAAUUGCCCAACAAAGAAGCACAGAGAAAAGCUGCAAGAUCAGCAAUCCUCUUGAGUUAGCCGGAACGCAUUUUCAAAAAUUAAAAAAUCUUUCCUCGAUCCUGGCUCGCGAGUUUGUAAAGCCUACUAAUGUUCUUUCCUCUGGAAAAACAUUUAAUUCUUCCUAUCAGCAAAUGCUGGCCAAUUUCCACAUAGAACGGAACAAAGAUCAAUUGACUGCCCGUGCCGACGCUCUUCGAACUAUUUACUUCGUAAGAAAGACAACCAGCACAGAAGACUACCAAGACAUAGAAAGGUUUGAAGCCUCCUUUAGCAAUCUCCUUGAUUCAAUGGGUCCUCGCAUGAAAUGUGCAAAACUCUCUUACCAGACUGAGAGAACAGCGACUGAUGCCAUGGAAGAUAUACUGAAACCAGAGCUAUGGCCUCUUUGUUUUUCAGUCGUAGCGAUUGCUGUCCUUGUCUUCACUGUCAUACGCUUUACUUCUACCAAUGCCAGUUGUUUAAGGGCAGUCCUCCUGAUGUUCUCUUCUCUUGCUUUUCCUUUAACCUGCUCUGCAGGUGUUGUCUCCAUAACAAACUCUGCCUUUUCCUCAACGUGCCUCUUUAUACCCUUCUUACUAUUGGGGAAAGCAACUACAGACGUGGUACUUUACCUCAUGGAAUGGGAAAGGCAAAAAAAGGUGCCAUCACUUGAACAUCGCGUGGGAAAUUGCCUGGCUAGAACAGGGGUUCUUGCUAUGAUGACUGCGCUUUGUGGGUCAGCUCUUUAUGGAGUGGGAAUCAAAUCCUCUUUUAUUGCCAUUUCCAAUUUUUCCUUUGCAACACUUGUUGCUUAUGUAACAUUUUCUGCUUCUAUUGUGAUCACAAUCAUUGUAUUGAUGUAUUUUGAAAGAAAGCUUAAGAAAGUGAACACGCCCUGUGCGACUACAUGUGAAAGAAGAUUGUCCAUCUCUGAAUUUGGAAGCGUUGAGCUUAGACUCUCACAGUGCCAUAAGACAAGACUGCAACGCAUUCUGAAAGAAUGGGCUCGAAAAAUAACAUCCACCGGCGGCAAAAUUUUCUCCCUCGGAAUCUUUGCCCUUCUCAUCACUUUAGUUGUUUUCUCCGCUUUUCAAACUGGAGACAGAACGCGUACCACACAGUUGCGCUAUCGGAGUGAAAACUUCAAGCAGUUUAAUAAGGCACGACAAAUGUUCCUAAGCAACGAAACUGAUGUGAGCAUCGUUUUCUCCAAGGAAGUCGACUAUUCACUAAAAAGUGUACAAAAUCAAGUAAUGUCAGCGUGUAAAAAACUGGAAGAGGCCGCUUACAGUAAAGGAAAGUCCCUUUGUUGGAUGGCAGGCUUUCUACAGUGGGUCAAACAUCAAAACAUGAGCUGUUCACAUUCAGAGUUUCACCGGUGCUUGGAACUUUUCCUGAAAAAUUCCCAGAGUUUGCUGUUUAGACAAGACCUGCUUUUAGAAGAUUCUACAUCUCUUGUUAAAAUAUCGGCGUCUCGAGUUCAUCUGAGGAUGACACUGAACAACCGAUUGCGAGAAGAUAGAGAAGCCCUUAGGACACUGAGAAGUGAUUUACAUGAACAGUCCUCCUUGAAAGGCGUCCCAAUCUCCAAAGAAUUUUUCAAGAUAGAUGACCUCGUCGAGUUAGAAAAAGAAACCAUCUCCAUAGUUCUCACAGCUGGCACAGUGGUGGUGUUUGCUGUUUCUUUGUUUGCAAUGUGUCAUGUCGGGGCUAGUACACUCCUGGCUAUAACGUUCGACCUUCUAAUACUGGAAGCAGCAGCUAUUAUGAAAACAUUUGGAAUCUACCUGGAUCAUGUGGUUUUCAUUUCUCUUUUUGUGGCGGUCAUGCUGUCCUUGAAUUUUAGUAUUGAAGUGUGCCAUUCGUUCGUACUCUCGGCCAAGCGAGACAUACAAGGUCGCAUGAUUGAUGCUCUUCGCUCCGUUGGAGUAUCCGUGCUGGGAGGCACUUUGAUAUCCCUAUCAGCUUCUGUUUGCUUGGGAUUCAUUUUUCCCAGUCUAGCAGAUAUUUUCCAUCUACUACUUUCCUCGGUGUUCGCUUUGGGGUCCAUCCAUGCUCUUCUUGUUUUCCCGACGGUCCUUGCAUUGUUUGAGGAGUUAGUGCACAAUUUUAGCUCCAAGAUUAGCCAAGAGGAAAUAGAACACUUCAUGGUAGCAAAUGACUCAAUAUCAAUGGAAGCACGGAAUGGCGACAUAAGAAAGCUCAAGGCUAAACGUUCCGGGAUCUCCAUCAUAGGCAUUAGUUGUAGAUUCCCCGGUGCUCACAGUAAGAACCUCUUUUGGGCCUUGCUUGAACAAGGAAAGAGCUCCAUUCGUGCGUUUCCCGAGAACAGAACACAGCAGCAUAAAGCGUUUGUUGAGUUCUACAACCCCAAGCGUUUCGUAAAUGGACGCCUUUGUGCCAUCAAUGGUUCCUACUUGGAAGAAAUUAAGACUUUCGACAACAGGUUCUUCGGUAUCUCCAAUCAAGAGGCACGUGCAAUGGACCCUCAGCAAAGAAUACUCCUUCAAGUAGCCUACGAGGCAAUAGAAGAUGCAGGAAUGCGGCUUGAAGACUUACAAAAGUGUAGAACAGGUGUUUUUGUUGGUGUGAUGAAUAUCGAAUACGGUUCUCUUUUGGCAGACCGCUCAAAUUACUCCUACAUCAAUCAGUAUACCUCAACAGGGAUAACAGCAUCUAUUCUUGCCAACAGAGUGUCAUUUUGCCUUAAUCUGACCGGACCAAGUAUUGCCGUGGAUACAGCAUGUUCCUCAUCGCUGACUGCUCUUAAACUAGCUUAUGAUAGCCUGCAUAACGAUGAUUGCGAUAUAGCUAUCGUUUGCGCACCCAAUGUCGUCCUUAACCAUUCCAUGCAGAUAAUAUCCAGUAUGGCUGGACUUCUUGCCCCGGAUGGCCGUUGUAAGAGUUUUGAUGCUUCUGGGGACGGUUAUGGACGCGGAGAGGGCUUUGCAGCGGUUGUACUCAAACUGUCAAAGGAUGCUCUUUGUGACAAAGACGAUGUAUAUUGCGAGAUCCUUGCAUGUGGAAUGAACAGCGACGGUCAAAAUGCUGUCCCGAUCACCGCUCCAAGUGCCAAGAUGCAAGCUCAGUUAUCAAGAAGCGUGCUGGAGCAGUCAGGAGUGGCCGCAGAAGACGUGGAUUACUUCGAAGCACAUGGGACUGGUACCGCGAUUGGUGAUGUAGUGGAAGUCAACUCCAUAGCAGAUACCUACUCCAACCUGGCCGCAAAUUCUUCACGAAAAUUGAGAAUUGGCUCUGUCAAAUCUAAUCUCAAUCAUACGGAAUCUACUUCUGGUCUUGCUGGACUUAUUAAGGCCGCCCUGAUGAUAAAAAACAAGACCUUUGUACCCACCAUCAACGUCAAGGUGUUGAAUCCCAAACUAAAGCUUGAAGAAAAAGGGAUUAUUCUACAACAAACUCGUGAGUCUUGGAAAACAGAAAAGGGAAAACCGCGAAUAGCAGCCGUUAAUUCGUUCGGUUUUGGUGGGUCAAAUGUGCAUGUUAUUCUUCGCGAAGCUACAGCAACACCAAGCUUCCAAGUGGAAAACUUCAAACGCAAGAAUAACGUUCUUACUAUCACAGCACGUUCUCUAGAAGCUCUUAAAAAGCUGUCACGCCUUUACUCCAGGUGGAUUAAAGACAACGCUGAAGAAAUGAAUGAACACUUUGUGGAAAACUUAUGUUUCUCGUUGAACGAACGUCGAAGCCAGUAUCCGCAUCGCCUGGCAGUUGCCUUUGGGCCUCCUUUCGAAGCAUCGAAGUCACUAGAAGCUUUUGCUGAUGACUCCGUUGGUUGGGAAAAGACCGCUUCUUAUGCUGAGGUGACCUCAAGCGAUAGGAAACUGGUUUUCAUGUUUGGGGGUCAGGGAUCACAAUGGUAUGCCAUGGGAAGGCAGUUAAUGGAAUGCGAAACUGCUUUCAGAGAGGCAAUUUUGACUGUUAGCAGCUUACUGAGAGAUAUGGGACAGACGUGGUCACUUGAAGACGAAUUGAUGGCACCAGAAGACAUCUCGCGAAUAUCAGAAAACUACAUUGCCCAGCCAGCCACGUUCGCUGUACAGUACGCAACCGCACAGCUGCUUAAGUCCUGGAAAGUCCAUCCGUCUGCUGUUAUUGGUCACAGUUUAGGAGAGUUCGCAGCUGCCUGUGUUGCUGGAAUCAUCACUGUCAAGGAAGCACUUCAGCUGGUACUAACUCGCUCCACUCUUCAAGACAAAUGCCCAAGCAAUGGAAGUAUGGCUGCCCUGGGCAUGCCUGAGAUAAAGGCCAGGGAACUGCUUUUCAAUCUAAGGUUAAGCGCCACCCUUGACAUAGCGGCAGUUAAUGAUGCAAAAAGCGUCACUGUAGCUGGUGAGUCGCAAUCCAUCGAGGCACUGGGACAACAUCUUUCGAUGAACGCAAGAGAUGUUUUCUGGCGUGUUCUUGGAACAAAUCGUGCAUUUCACAGCUCACACAUGGAACCCAUCAAGAAACCAUUUCAGGCAGCUAUGAAAAGUGUACAGCUAAACCCUCAAGUAUCGAAGAUUCCAAUGUACUCUACCGUUGAAGGCGAAGUUGUCUCGGGUCAGCAGUUAAACAGCGAUUAUUGGUGGCGAAAUAUACGCUGUCCUGUUCGCUUCUACUCAGCAAUGAAACAUCUACUGAAAGAUGGUUACAAGCAGAUAAUUGAGAUCAGCACGCAGCCAAUUCUUGCCCACUACGUAAAACAGAUAGCUCUUCAGGAGAAUUUGACGGAACAGGAAAGGCCCGUUGUUGUCGCAACUCUUCCACGCAAGAGAGUGCCCAUCAAGGAGCAACACAGAUGCUUUCUUCAGAACACAAUAUGCAGAUUGUAUACCAUGGGAUUUCCCGUAGACUGGACCUUGGUACAGGGGAGCCAAUCAGCCAGGUUUAUCCGGUCCCCAACAUCUCCAUGGCUGGAAAACAGUUUUUGGUACAGGGAACAACCACCGCAAUCAACAGUCCACCCAAUUAGCUCUAAGGAAACCUUAUGGAAGCCAACACAUCCUUAUCUGGCACAAGUCAAAAUGACAGACUUAUACUCAGGCCUGCACUGCUGGGAGACUGAGAUUGACCUUUUCAAUUUUCCAUCUCUAAAGGACCACGCCCUUAUUGAAGGAGGUGCCGUGAUGCCCGGGGCUGCUUACCUGGAGAUGGCCUUUGCAAUGGUAAAGGACGAAUUCGUACAUACUUCUGGCCUGGAACUUGGUGAUGUGAAACUUUCAAGUCUUCUCACUCUUCCUGAAACACAGGUUAGAUCCUUACGACUUCGCCUUUUAAAGACCGACAAAAUAGACAAGGCUCAGUUUCACAUUACAAGCGUGCAGGACGACCAGUCUGAAAUUAUUUUGAGUAGUGGAAACAUCUCGGUCGAUUUCUUGGACACAAAAGCAAACAGCGAGGAAGAAGCUUGCAAUCAAGUUGGCCCAGCCGUCAACGAGCUAAUCAGAAAUAUGAAAGAGGUGCCGAUUGAAGGAUUCAGAGAAUUAACUCAAAAGUAUGGCUUUCAGUAUGGUGGUGCCUACUCCAUCAUCAAACAGACAUGGCACGGCGAGCACGAGGGACUUUGUCUGAUCGAUAUCCACGAAUCAGCCAUCGUUCAAUCAGAAAGUAAAAAUUAUGUUGUCCACCCCUCCAUUUUGGACGCGUGUCUGCAGUCUUGCUUUAUCCCACUUGGAAUCUCAGCUACUGAUGAAAAAUCUGUUUUACCGGUGGGAUUUAAGGGCAUCACGCUGUACCAUGUUCCAAAUACCAAUCAACUCUAUUGUCACGUCGUUGAGGAUGCCAAAGAGUUCGGGAAAUUCGACAUCACGCUUAUGAGUCCAUCCGGAAGGGUUUUACUAACUAUGAGAGAGUUCCGUAUCGCAGAAUUGAACAGCACACCACGCCGAUUUACUUCUGAUGGCCUUGUUUAUGAAAUGAAGUGGAUGGAAGAGAAUUUACAAGGACAAAGAGCAAUGGCGCCAAACUUGACCUGUCUUCUUCUCAGGGACAGCUCCCCUUUCUCAGACAUCCUAAUCGGCAAGCUUCACGCUGCAAGAGUCAAUGUAAUCCCAGUUGAUCCACCCAAUGCUCUAUUUUUUGAUACAGAAACAAAAGAAACAAUCAGCAGAGAGCUUACUGCCCUACAUUCGAUCCCUUCAUCCAUGCUCAAAGUCGUCAACUUGUGGCCAGUAGAAACCACUCUCCUACCAAACAAUUUCGAUGUUAUCGAAAAAGCACAAAACCUCGCCUUCAGCAGCUCAGUUUUCUUAAUUCAACAGCUUACAAGAAACCAUUUUCUCGAUUCUCGGCUUCUGCUCGUGUCUGAAAGUACACAGCUCCUAAGUACCACAACGAAAUCUCACAACGACUCCAUUCCUUGGGCUUCUACAAUCUGGGGUCUUCGCAGAACAGCAAAGCUCGAAGAAUCUGAUCUUAGGAUUACCACGAUUGAUCUUGGCGACAAAAAUGAUAAUGAUGAGAUAGAUUUGCUUCUUUCUGAAAUCCUUGGCGAUAGUAUGGAAGAAGAGAUUGCCUUUCGAGAUAGAAAGCGGCUCAUUAAUCGCGUUGUGAGAUCAAAUAUUUGCACCGAGCAGCCCACAAUACACAAUAAUGUUAGCGACUGGGGUUCUUUAUACUUGUCAUCCAUUCCUGCUUCACGGAAGGUCUGCUUUCGCCAGAGGAGUUUUUCGAGGCCAUCGCCCUCCGAGGUCACAGUAGAACUGCUUUAUUGCUGGACACCCUCUGAGUCAAUACUUGAUGUAGCCAAACCAGAUGCUUGUGUUUUCACCGUGGGAAAGGUGAUUCAUCUACCAAGGGAAGCUGCAAGUAAUCAGAUACAAAUUGGAGACGUUGUGUGCGGCGUUAUGGCGUCUGGACGAGUUUCUCGUUCCGUUCCCAUGCAAGUCAGGAACAUUUUUGUAAAGCCAGCUAUUUUGACGCAAGAACAAGCAACAUACAUCCCUGCCUGCCUUGCCAUAGCCUUUCACGCCCUACAACGGAUAGGAACGAUGGAAGAAAAGAAGAAGUUACUGAUUCAUCAGGCUCACCGUGGCCCUGGGCCUGUGGCAGUUGCCCUUGCAAAAGCAUUGGGUCAUGAAGUAUUUUGCACUAUCUCAGAUACUUGCCAAUCGGUGACAGAAUCCACCCUUCUAGAGCUGGGAGCAAAGAGUGUAGCACAUCAGAGUCUCACUAGUUUUGAAAAUGAUUCCAUCGACGCUUUUGAUGCAGUUUUGUUUUUCUACCCACCCUCUCCGAACGCUCUCCAAAAAAGCAGUCGACGUCUUAAACGUGGAGGAAAAGUCGUUAUCUUGGGAGCCGAAUUUGAUGGUGCCGUCGUGUUCCCUGCAAAGAAAAACGUCCUGUAUGUAAGAGAAAGCAUUUCAGAUAUCAUCCGAUCACCGAAGACUUAUCAAAAGCUCAGCUUAGAGAGUCUAGAGCUGCUGAAAGGUAGUGGAGUUCUGCAAAAGCUUCUGGAACUCAAGUUACUAUCGACAGACAUACCCACGGCAAUUGAAGCUGCAAACAAAGCCACUCUGAAAGACUCACCUCCAAAAAGGGUCCUGAGAGAAUUUCGAGGCAUUUCUUUUCUGGUUCACUCUUUUGCACCAUCUGAAGGAGGCAAUGAUCUUCUAACGAUCCCCGUGCUUCCACGAGGUCUGGAUGUGUGUGGUCUCAAAGAAAACAGAACGUACUUGGUGGCUGGGGGGACCAGAGGAUUCGGAUUUGAGGUGGCGCGUUGGAUGGCCGAGAAUGGAGCAAAGUCUAUAGGACUGAUUGGUCGUUCCAAGCUCUCAGAUACCGAGUAUCAAAAAGUACGAGAUUUAGAGACGAAGACAGGUGCAAAGUUCUAUACGUUCCAGAUUGAUAUCUCCAGCCGAGAGCAAAUGUUUUCCUUACAAAAGCAGCUCCAGUCUCUUCCAAGUGUAGCUGGAAUAGUACAUUCUGCUAUGGUUCUCCGAGACGAAUACAUCAAAGAUUGGAAAUUUGAAAGUUUCACAGAAGUUAUGGGUCCUAAGAUCAAAGGUUCCUUUUUACUACACCAAAUGAGUUUGGAGAUGGAUCUAGAUUUCUUUGUUAUGUUCUCAUCUAUGGCAUCUGUUGUUGGAAUCGUGGCAUCUUCGUCAUACUCAGGCUGUAAUGCUUUCCAAGAUUCUCUUGCCCAGUAUCGAAGACAGGUACUCGGUUUGCCCGGACUUUCGAUAAACUGGGGACCAAUCAGUGGAGCUGGUGUGAUGCAACGGCAGAGUAAUAUUGCAAAAUUGAUGGCAGUUGGAGGACUGGGCUUCAUAAACGCCAGAGAUGGAGUCAAUCUGAUGGCCAAGGUUUUGACCGAGGAGCCGAGCCGUUUCCAAAUCUCUUUAUUUGGUGUGGACUGGCCUCGGUAUAUCAGCAGUAAUACCGGACUACAAAAUACGCCCCGACUCUCAAUGUUCACCUCAGAAAUCAGUGUUUCUGAGAGCCAAACUAACACAGCAGAGUCUUUACUGCAAAGAAUUCGGUUAGAGAAGGACCCAGAUAAGAAAGGCGAACUUAUCGUUGAGUAUGUUCGCAUCUCGGUUGCGGAAUUGACAGGCAGUUCAUCGCUUUCAGAGACGGAUCUAAACAAAAGCUUGUAUAGCUAUGGUAUUGACUCCACUGCAGCUUUGACUCUGAAGAUGCUGCUUGAGUCAAACUUGCAGGUCUCUUUUGAGGUUUACUACUUCAUGCAGCCUGACACUACUACACUAAAAAUGGCCAGGGACAUCAGUGCCAGGCUUCGUGGAAAAGCAAGCAGCCCGCAGAAUAGCGAGAGCCAAGAAAGUGCACCCGGACAAACUCAGUCAUCGGAGGAAACAAAUACUUCAGACAUGCCGUCCAAGAAGGAGGUUCAAGUCUUACCUCUUUACACUCCUGAGGGAUCAGCAAUAAAAUUCUUCUGUGUUCACCCUUCACAUCGCUACGCGUUGAAUUUGGUUCCCAUUUCUACCGGAUUUCAAGGACAGGACUUAGUAUCCUUUUAUGCUCUGGGCUUUACUGAUCCUACGGUCAUCAGUGAGGACUGGGGUGGAGUGCGUGAGCUUGCCGCUCAUUACGUUCAGCUGAUCACCAACGAACAGCGCCAUGGACCGUACUUUCUCGGGGGAUAUUCAUAUGGAGGACUUGUAGCGUACGAAAUGGCUUCCCUGUUAACAGAACAGAAUCAUAGGGUGGAGUUCCUUGUAAUGAUUGACACAUUUCCUUGGUCACUGCGUUCACGGACCAUAACCACUCGGUUAUUUUCCGCGAAGGAAGACGGAUGGUUGCCAUCGCGACAUGUUCAGCUCCAAUUCGAAAGCUACUUGGAAAAGCUUGCAGUAGACUCCCUAAAGAUGAAUGUUGACGAAUAUAAACAAAUUAGAGAUACACACACUCAAGACUGGAUCAUUGAUGAGUUGCAGAAAAGAAGCCUUACGAAAGGUCUUACCACCUACAAUUUAAGGACCCUAAGAGAAGCUCUUCUGAGGAAUCAAACCUUUGCCAAUAGGACGCAUCAAGAAUGGCAGCCUGCUGAGGUUCGCUAUCGAGGUCCUCUCACAUUCCUCAGAUGUCAGAACAGCAGAUUUUUCCCCCGUAAUCCCACAUCACGGGGCAUCGGGGAAGAAUGGAGUCAGUUGGUAGAUGAAGGUACCACAGUACUCGUGUGCCCUGGUGACCACUACUCCUUAAGUGAGUUACCUCAAGCACAAGUAACUGGUGGUAUCCUUGCAACAGCCCUGGGCUUCACUUACCGCAUGUUGUUUCCAGAAUUCCCCACACCUCCCAGAACGUUCAACCAAAGACGUGCCGUGGGGAAACUUUCUGGCGGUGUAGGCGUGUUCCUUCACUCCAAAAAAGGCAACAAAAUGCCGCAUCACGGAAUGCUAUUUUUCCAUGAAGAUGCCCACAAACUUGAGCUGAGAUCAAAACCUGGCGAAGAAGAAGGAAUUCAAAACGAAAAAACUAAAAAGAUCAUUGAUCUGAAAGAACUUCGCAUGGUGCAGCCAGGAAGGUUUGUCUCCAGUGCCCUGAAGUAUACCUGGCGAAAACGAAGAGUUGGAGGUUAUGAAAGUGGAAAUUUGGGACACAUUGCUUCUGUUGCAACCAGUCGCCGCGUUUACAAUUUGGAAUUUUGUGAUUAUUCCGACUUAAAAGCGUUUUACGACAUGGUAGAAGCUGUGUUCGCUGUCAAGCUAUUGACUAUCUAGAAUGUAGUCGUGAUAUUCGGUAGUAUUCAGGAAUGAAUUUGCUAGUUUGAAGUUUGAAGUAUCAGUGUCAACGGACACUUAAAAUUUAAUUAUAGUUUCUACCUUUUUUAUCCGGCCUACAUUAAGGAACUGUGCUAAAAAAACAUCGAUAAAUAGAUGAAGAAACCGUUUUUCAACUUAGAUUUCACAUGUUAAUCGCAUCCUCGUUCGACUACCACUCCUCAUCCUUUGCGAUAAUAUCGAUAGAUAGAAUGAAACGUUUUGAAAUAUUUUUUAUUGGAAAAGUUGAGAAGCACUGGACCAAUUUAUGAAAACGGAAUGAUUUAAUUGACAAGAAGCUUGCGUAGUAACCUUUUCCUCAGUUAAGCCAAACAAGAGAAGUGUUGGCUGGGCAAAAGUGAUGUGCAGGCUUGGAUGAAAACUUCCAAUCGCCUUUUUAUUUUCCUCCCCAUUCGCUCUUGUUCCUCGUGCUUGGACAAAAAGAAACGGGAAAACGAAAAUUCUGCAGAAGCAUGAAUACCUCGUUAUUGGAACUAACUUUCAUCGUGUACGAAACCUUCAAAUUUACCUGGAUGAUUGAAUUUGAAAAGAAUGUCAUACACUUUCCUUUUUGAGGCCCCAAAUUUGGGUGAUAAUAAUUCUGAAAACUUGAUAAACUUCAUCAGGAUUUUACAACAAACAGACCUUUUUUUUUGUUUCAUAGCCUCACUUGAGGCUCUCGUUUCCUUUCUAAUAGGUAAUGGCGUUUCAUUGGCCCUGGUAUGAAUACAUUUAAUAAAUCUGUAACAUGCAAAUUUUUUUCAUAGUCAAAUCAAUAAUAUUCCAUCACUGAAAAGUGUUUUGAUUA